CCUCUCCACCCGCUCCUCAUAGCCGCAACCCACGUUCUCGGACCAGCAGCGCCGCACCGCACCGUCGCAGUACCUCCGCAUCGCCUUGCCCUCAUUCACCAUGCCGAGCCUCGACGCGGCCGACACCGAGAUGAGCGACGCACCUGUCUCCAUCUCGGCCGCCGCCAAGGGCAAGGGCCGCGCGCCCGCCGACUCUGAGGCAGCCGCCGCCGACCCCGUCGACCUGCUCCCCUGGGUCGAGAAGUACCGGCCCGCCACGCUCUCCGACCUCGUCUCGCACAAGGACAUCACAGCCACCGUCGAGCGCUUCAUUGAGGCAAACCGCCUGCCGCACCUGCUCUUCUACGGCCCGCCGGGCACGGGCAAGACGAGCACGAUCCUGGCGAUGGCACGUAGGAUCUACGGUGACGGCUUCCGCAACAACGUGCUUGAGCUCAAUGCGUCCGACGACCGCGGCAUCGAGGUGGUGCGCGAGCAGAUCAAGAGCUUUGCGAGCACCAAGAACGUCUUCAGCAACUCCGGCGGCUUCAAGCUCAUCGUGCUGGACGAGGCGGACGCCAUGACGACGGCGGCACAGAGCGCCUUGCGCCGCGUCAUCGAGCAGUACACGCGCAACGUGCGCUUCUGCAUCAUCUGCAACUACGUCAACAAGAUCAUCCCGGCCAUCCAGUCGCGCUGCACGCGCUUCCGCUUCAACCCGCUCGAGCUCGACCAGGUCGAGGACCGGCUGAACCACGUCAUCGACCACGAGGGCUGCAACGUGACUCAGGACGGCAAGGAAGCGCUCAUCAAGCUGAGCAAGGGCGACAUGCGUCGCGCGCUCAACGUCCUGCAGGCAUGCCAUGCUGCUUAUGACAGAAUUGACGAGAGCGCCGUGUACAACUGCACGGGCAACCCGCACCCGUCCGACAUCGAGGACAUCGUCAACAGCAUGAUGAACGACGACUUUUCCACGUCGUACAACCGUGUCUCGGCGCUCAAGACGAGCAAGGGCAUGGCGCUCGCCGACAUGGUCAACGGCAUCUACGACUUCCUGAUGACCGUCAAGCUGCCGGCGCAGUCGCGGAUAUACCUGCUGGACCAGCUGGGCCAGAUCGAGCAUCGCCUGAGCACCGGCGGCUCAGAGCGCAUCCAGCUCAGUGCGCUGCUCGGCGCCACCAAGAUCGCGGUGCAGCUGUCGGAGAAGGAUGCGGCGAAGAAGUGAGCAGAGCAGGGCCGCAACUAUGCACGUCACACACAAGUAUCC